AUGGCCAACACCGAGAAGACCUUCCGCGACUACACAGCCGACCAAGGCAAAAACUACGCGCUCAACCGGCUCGACUACCACCAAGAUCUCUACAACCUGAUCGUCUCCCACCACACCUCAACAGGCGGACAACUCGAUGCCCUCAUCGACGUCGGCACCGGUCCCGGAAAUGUCGCAUCAAACCUCAGUAAGCACUUCGCACACACUACGGGACUCGAUCCAUCCGAGGGUAUGAUUGCAACCGCCCGCUCUCUCAACUCCGAUCGCGGGGCCGACGGUGGCAAGCUCCGCUUCGAGGUCUCCACAGCCGAGGAUCUAGGCUCCAACCUCAACCCGCCUAUCGCAGACGCCUCGAUCGAUUUGAUUGUCGCUGCCACAGCGGCGCAUUGGUUCGACAUGCCUGCUUUCUGGCGCAGCGCAGCGCGUGUCCUCAAGCCAGGCGGGAGCGUUGCGAUCUGGGGCAGCGGGAACUUGCACACUUCGCCGGGCACGCCUAAUUGGGAGAAGAUCCAGCAGCGGAUUGACGAGUUUGAGGCAAUGAUCCGGCCGUAUUUCCUCCCUGGGAAUGUGCUGACAAGGGGGCUUUACAAGGAGCUUGGGCUGCCGUGGACGGUUGAGCCGCCUGUUGAGGGGUUCGACAAGAAUCAGUUCUUCAGAAGGGACUGGGAUACAACGGAGAAGUUCCUGGCGCUGGGGGCUCCUGAGCUUUCCGUGGCUGCUCUUGAGAAGAUGUUGGGGACUAUGAGUCCUGUUACGAGGUGGCGGGAGGACCACCCCGACGCCACGGGGGAGAAGGACGUCGUGAGGGUUUUUAGGAGGGAUGUUGAGAGGUUGUUGAGGGAAGGCGGGAUGGAAGAGGGGAAGGAGAAGGUCCAGGGGUCUGCACAGGGGUUCUUGCUCAUUGUGAAAAAGAUCUAA